UCUGCUACUAGAAGUGUUUAUAUGGUUGCUACUGAGUUUGAAAUAUAGUUAAAUCUAAAUUAAAUACGUUUUCAUAUUUUACGCACGACCUAUUUAAAGAAGAGUAUUCGACCGUUGAUGCAUGUUGUUUUUGCUGGUCUUACCAGAAGUCCGUGAUAAGAACGGAAGUGUGGGAAGAUUUCUAAAAUAUCCCCCACACUUUUUUUUUCUUUCAACAGUAGUUGAUGCAACGGAAAACAUUUGGCCAUCUCCUCGACUAUAUGUUUAACCACUCCGUUCGUCGCCUCCUGGACUCGCAGUAAUUCAGCUUGGUGUAGUAUUUCCGUAGCAUUUUGCGAGAGACGAAUAAAUAUUAGAUGGAGCAUGUAAAUCAGGCUGGCGGCACUGGGAACUGUGCCAAAGAGUUCAAUUUACGCUGUCAUAUGGAAGGAUGUGGAGUAACUAUUAAGGGUGGUGUAGAUGAACUCAAACAUCAUUACAAACAAGUGCACCUACUGAACACAAGCUCUAAAAAUGUGUUGCCCUUCAUAUGUAGCAUAUGUAACACCACAUACCUUAGGUUUUAUCACCUCAAAUCUCAUAUACUUCAAUGUCACUCGGAAUAUCAACAAGUACCACAAUGUUCCACUAUGGCGAACGACCCUAUCGAAAUGGAUGUAGAUGAUACAGUUGAUGAUAAUGCAUCGGAUUUACACACGAUAUCUAACCCUUUCUUCUUUGAACCACCUGUUACGAUUCAGCAAUUAUCGUUAGAAAUGUCAAACCAGAUAACAAGAAUGCGUUGCGACGUUUCUCUUCCGGAGAGUAAAAUUCAGUCAUUUAUCGAAGGCUGCUCAACAUCAUUGAAAUGGAGCCAAAAAUACGCAAUAACCAUCAUUAAACAAUUUAUUGAGGCGAAGGAUCUUCUGUACGAAGACCCCAAGGUUAUCAAAUUAUUCAAUGAUUUGGAAAUUCCUAAUGUAUAUAAUGACAUUAAAACGCAUGAGGACAACCUAUCGUAUCUGGCAAUGCAAGCUAAUUGCACUGUUCCAACACCACAGGAGAUAGUUAUUGCAAAAAGAAGAAAAGUUAAACACGUUGUGUUAGGUGCAAAGCGAUGCAGUAAAUUUCAACCUCGCAUACAAGGAAUCCAAAAAUACAGUCAAAAAGUGACGCACGAAAAAGAUGUGUGCCAUUACAUAUCGUUGAAAGACACACUACGACUAAUUAUGAGUAACUCGGAAGCUCGAAGGAUGGUACAGGCUGAAGAACCACGGAAUGAUGGUAUGAUCUGUUCUUAUAAAGAUGGAUUACAGUUCCAGCAACAUCCAUUUUUGCAAAGAUUCCCACGCCCUUCGCCUUUCAAUACACAUAGAUGAUGUCGAAUAUUUAAACCCUCUCGGGUCAAGAAAAGGCAGAAAAAAACUCACCAACAUCACAUUUAAAAUUCAAAACAUGCAUCCUGCUGUAAACUCUGGACUAGCUCGAUCAUACUUGACAUUUAUGGUCCGUUCAGCAUUUAUUAAAAAGUAUGGAUUUGCCAACAUUUUGCAGCCGCUGAUCAAAGACCUUCAGCUGCUUGAGUCGUUAACCGGAGUUCCGAUGAAAUUUAAUGGAAUAAUGUACACUCUAAGAGCCGUAUUGGUAAACAUGA